GGCUGACAGUGAAGCAGCGCGUAUCUGGCUAUCUGCGUGUGGACAGUUCACGUGCCGGGCAUGGCCCUGCCCGCUCGCGUCAUCGGAAGCCGGGGCACGUGACCGGAAGCUGACCGGGAAGGCGGAAGCUUGGUUUGUUAUUUCUCUGUUGCUGGAGCUGCUGAGGAUCGUUCGGAGUUGUCAUGUGAUCUUUGUGCUAUUCUGAAGGGCGCUGAAAUGUAUUCAUCUCCUGCUCCCGAGAACGUUCAGGAGUCCAGAGACGUGAAGCUGAGGAUCACAAAGAAGUUAUCCAGUUGUCUCAGAGAGCUUCAGGUCCGAUACGUCACCACGGACGAUGUGGUCACCAGCGAAGACAACGAUGCAAACGGCCUCUGCGUGGCUUUGGAAGCCGUGUUCAUUCACGGCCUGAAACCCAAAUUUAUUAAAACAGAAGCUGACAGAAGGAAAGGAAGAAGCAGGGGCCGCCACGUGCCACUACCCCAGCCGGCCUACUGGCCUCUGCUGAAGGCCAUCACUCACCGCAACGUGAUCACCGAACUGGAGAGCGUGAGUUUCAUUAACACCGAUGUGGGCCGGUGCCGCUCCUGGCUACGUCUCGCUCUGAAUGACUGUCUCAUGGAAUGCUAUUUCAUUUCGUUACAAAGAGAAAAGUCUUGGCUGCUGGAAUACUACCAGCCAUGUGCAUUGCUUCUAGAUGCUGAAGACUGUGAUGUGGUCCUUAGUUACCUACAAGGCCUGUCUUCCUUGACGUUUAAUCUGUCCUACAAAUCCUCCAUUCUAAAUGUAUGGACAGCCACGCCGCUUUCAUUAUCGGGACUGUGGGCUGAGGACACGGAGCGGUCAAUACUGUCUCCUCAUGCACCUCUCCGGCGGAAAUCAUUGGACUCUGUGUCUCAGUCCUCCAGCUCCGAUGACACCAACAGCUCCGUGCUGCAGGAGGGCAAAGGGAUCAUAGAGUCGUCAUCCAUGAGUCUAGAAACCAACAGUUCAUCAUCUCAGCUCUCGUCCAGCCUUGGCUCAGACGAACAGCCACAUGCCAGGGCCCCUGUUAUACUAGGGAGCCCCGAUAUCUCCUCCUGCGAAGUGGAUUCCACAGAGCCGGAAGAGUCAGAAAAGUCUAACGCUGAGGAUGCGGAACCCAGUCUCCCUCUAGCAUCUAACGCAACUCCCACCGAUGAUCCCCCUGACGAACUGUCCGAGAAAGAGACCGGACUCGAGGCUGAAGACUUCAAGACGCAGGGCUUGAAAAGCGAAAGACAGUUGUCGGAACCUGAAACUCUCCAGUCAGCUGUUUUAUUAAAACCACAAUCGGAAAACGAGCCGGCGAGCGCAGAGCCUCCAAGCCACGAUACCAGUAAUCAGAAUUACUCAUGUGACACAUCAGCGGGGAAGGCACAUGCUACCGUUCCCCAAACCCAAGCAGUCGAGGAACCUGUCGGGGACAGCAGAUCUAGCAACCCGGAAAAAAGUGUUCUGCUUAAAUGUGAGCCUUGUCCUGUUGCUGAACUCCCAAAAAGCAGAAGCUGGAUCUCCGAAGACGAUUUCCAGAGACCAGAACCUGUUAUCCCUACCGAUCAGAUGCAGAAAGGAAGUUUUCUCCCUUCCCAGCCCCUGAACCAAUUAAUCGGCGACUCUACCCAGUUUUCAGAUCAGAUCAGUAAAUCCUUCAAUGUCGUCCGCAGGCGGCAAAUAGGCCUUUCAAACCCUUUCCGGGGGCUCUUGAUGCUGGGUUGUCUCGAACGAAGAAAUGCCUUGGGAUUGUACAAGAGCUUUUAUUGCGAGCUGACGCCAUACGAAUUCCGUCUGUUCCUCAAAGGAGAAGAGCAAAUCUGCCUUGAGAACUGUUCGCUGUUCCGGUGCGAGUCUGUGGGUCCCGCGUACAGCGACGGGCGCUUCGAGCUGCACUUUCCUGCUAAAAAGCUGUAUUUGCGGGCUCCUUCGGAAGGUGAAGCCCAGGAUUGGGUGGAAAGACUGCAGGAGGCUGUGGAGAAAUUCCGCCCUCAGAAAGAUGAGGCUUGGGAGGUUUUACAGUCCCCCGAGUCCCCCAGCGAUCUGGAAAACAAAACGCCUUCUCUUGGUGGGAGCACGCAGUCUGCUCAGGAGUUCAGUUGGGUUUCUCCGUUUGAAGCAGAACCAGACGCUCUGAAAGAGUCCAUACUCUACAUGAAAAUCCAUAAACGCUGGACCCAGUGUAUUUUCUCCUUAUCGGAUAGAGUCUUGCGGUGCUAUUUACCCAAGAACCCUGAGAAGGUUUUAUACAGCUCUUACAGCAUCGAGAUGGUCCGAGACAUCUUACCAGAUGCCAAUUUGGGAAGCCCGUCUUGUUUCCGAUUGGUAACCUCGAAAGGUUCCUUACAGCUACAGGCCGAGAGCUCGUUAGAGGCCAAGGCUUGGAGGGAGCUUGUCCGCGCUGCGUACCUCGAGUCGGAAGAGGACUCGGCCUUUGUACCCGGAGAUGGAAAAAUCGAGAUAAAAUCCCAUAUCCGGGAACAUCCCCUCUUCAAGUACCUGCUCCACAUUCCCACCGAGAUGGGCCUGGACUCUCAGAACUUCAAGUGUGCAGGUUGCCACAAACAGAUCGGAUUCCAGUUUGGGAAAGCGAAGCUCUGUGGUUUCUCUGGGCUUUAUUACUGUGAAUGGUGCCACCAGGAUCAAGGUUCGGUCAUCCCCUCUAGAAUGGUGCACAACUGGGAUAUAACGGAGAGAGCGGUGUCGAAACCAGCUUUGAACUUCUUGAAUACGGUGCGAAACGAGCCCUUAAUGAACGUGCAGUAUUUGAACCAGCGUCUGUAUCAACACACGCAGACCAUGUAUGAGAUUAGCCACAGCCGAGAGAGACUCCGGUUGCUGGGGGAGUAUCUCGUAACGUGCCGCAGCGGAGCCCUACAGGAGUUGAACAAGAGCUUAGACCAACGGACCUAUCUUCUGGAUUGUGCCCACACGUACAGCAUGCGGGACCUAAAGCAGAUCGCGGACGGCGCGUUCGAGCCCAUGCUCCAGUCGGUCUUGGAGUUCGCAAGUCACCACGUCUACGCAUGCGAGCUCUGCAGGCAGAGAGGAUUCAUCUGCCUGAUCUGUAACCGCAAUGAGAUAAUUUACCCCUUCCAGUUUGAAACUACCAUCAGAUGCGGCGACUGCAAAGCAGUCUUCCACAGACCCUGCAAAACGCCGAGGAACCCGUGCCCUCGCUGUGUAAGGAGGAAGAAGUACCAGGUUCAGGGCAUGAAGAUGUGAGUCAGACAGAAAGCUGCAAGGAAGCCGCUUAUUGUUCUGAGCAAAGAACAGGAAGCCGUUUCCCGCAGCGCGUCCGGCGGGCUCCAGCAGCUGCCGACACCUGGCCUGUUAUGUCUCCUUCUCCUGCUCUUCCACCCAGAAUUUGCACAUAUAAACAUUUGCACUUGCACAGUUUCUGGCCAUUCAUUUGACGGAUUAACGGUCUUACAGCGAAUGAAUGAAGGAGCCACAUUCUGAAACUCUCUACUUUAAAUUAAAGGUUGUAUAUUAUGGUAGAGAU